UUUAAUUUUAGCUUAACGAAAUCCUUUGAUUUGCUCAGUUCAUUGAUUAUCACUCCGUUUUUGCAAUCCAUUGAGUACAAGAAAGGAUUAAAGACGGUAGCGGAGGCAAAGGCGACCACUGGCGGCGAUGGAGGAAACAGGAAAAAUUUUCGAGUCAAAGACGUGAGAGGCAUGAAUUCUUUCACAAAAUUUGCUGAUGCAUUUCAGCGCCGAACGCCGGAGCUACCUUCAGAUACCCCCCAGACUGCAACAGUAAUUGAUGGUAGGGCGAUUGCUGAGGAAAUUACAUCAGGAAUAACUAGUGAGGUGAGGAGGAUGAAGAACUCUAUUGGAAACGUUCCUGGCUUGGCUGUAAUCAUGGUCGGCCAAGGCAGGGACUCGCAGACUUAUGUUCGCAAGAAACUAGGUGCAUGUGAAGAAGCUGGAAUCCAGUCGAAGAUUUCUACUUUGCCUGAUAACUGUACAGAAGAUCAAGUUCUGAAUGCUUUGUCAUGUUUUCAUGAAGAUCCAUCUAUUCAUGGUAUACUUGUGCAGCUUCCUCUACCGCAACAUUUGGAUGAGGGGAAAAUCCUGAACUCUGUGCAACUAGAAAAAGAUGUCGAUGGCUUUCAUCCAAUUAACAUGGGGAAUCUUGCUAUGUGGGGUAGGGAACCACUUUUCUUACCCUGCACUCCCAAAGGCUGCAUCGAGUUGUUGAUCAGAUCGGGUGUAGAAAUCUCGGGGAAGAAGGCCGUGGUGAUUGGAAGAAGUAACAUUGUUGGAUUGCCCACGUCCUUGCUAUUGCAGAGGCACCAUGCUAUUGUCAGCGUUGUGCAUGCAUUUACUAGGAAUCCUGAACAGAUUACUCGCGAAGCUGACAUAGUGGUUGCUGCUGCUGGAGUUCCUAAUCUGGUUCGUGGUAGUUGGCUCAAACCUGGUGCAGUAGUUCUUGAUGUGGGGACGAACCCAGUUAAGGAUCCUAGCUGUGAGUAUGGGCAUCGACUAAUUGGAGAUGUUUGCUAUGAAGAAGCAUCAAGGGUAGCUUCUGCUAUUACACCCGUUCCGGGCGGAGUUGGACCGGUGACAGUUGCUAUGCUCUUACUUAACACGCUAGAAUCAGCCAAACGAGCGUAUAAUUUUACCUAACUCGAUGUUAUUUCAACAUGUGAUGCAGUCGACCUUAUAAUGCAAAACCUAUAGCACGGCGAGAAAUCGACAUGUGAAGCUUGUUAUCAAGAGCAAUUCAUCUAAACUAGAUUUUAUUAUGAGAUCAGAAAUGUGCAAGCAAUUAUCCUUAUUUGCCGAACAAAUGGACAAAACAGAGUAUGUAGUUUUGUUCGAGUGAUUUAAGGUAAUGAGCAGAAUGUUGUUGAACACGGAAGCGAUGUCGCUCUUCUUAGACAGCCAUAAGAGGGUAUGAAGCAUAAUGGAAUUCGGGUAGCAAAAGGACUGAUACCACUAAGUGUAGUAUCGAUGUUGAACCUUUUAUCGUUGCAAAUAAUUGAUUAUACAAGCAAACAGAUCUCUAAGCAAGAGAUCCUGAACCA